CCGCCUCCCUUCCGCCUGCUGGUGCGGAGCCCUGCCGGCCCGACGCUGCAGGCGAAGCGCGGUGCGCCGAUGAGGAGCCAAUGAGAAAGAGCCGGAGCUGAAUGCCCAGCCAUGGCCGGGCCCUGGAUGGCGGCUCCCUGUUGGAGGGCCCUGCUCCUGCUGCUGGCCUCCCAGGCGGUGGCCCUGGGGAAGUGCUCGGAAGCUGAUGACGUUCCCGAAGAGUGGCUCCUCCUGCACGUGGUUCAGGGCCAGAUUGGGGCGGGAAACUACAGCUACCUGAGGCUGAACCACGAGGGGAAGGUGGUCCUGAGGAUGCAGAGCCUGCGAGGGGACGCCGACUUGUACGUGUCCGACCGCACCCUCCACCCCAGCUUCGAUGACUACGAGCUGCAGUCGGCCACCUGCGGCCAGGACGUGGUCUUCAUCCCUGCCCACUUCCAGCGCCCCGUGGGGAUAGGCAUCUACGGACACCCGUCGCACCACGAGAGCGACUUCGAGAUGAGGGUCUAUUUCGACAGGACGGUGGACCAGUACCCCUUCGGCGAGGCCGCCUACUCGGCCGAGGGCGCCGAGGCCGGCCAGAAGCAGGCCUACAGCCCCGAGGAGGCGGCACCGGAGGAGGAGUCUGUGCUCUGGACCAUACUAAUCAGCAUUCUGAAACUGGUACUGGAGAUUCUGUUCUGACCCCCGACAGCACUCCAGAGCAGUGCCCGCAGUCUGUGGAGGGACCUGGCUACUUUAACCUGGCUGAAUUCUGGUUCCUUUCUCUAGAGGAGGGGUGGAAAAAUAGAGCCAUACCAUUUUGUUACCUCACAUCCCCCAAACAGGAAAAGCAGGUAGUAGUUUUUCUUUUGAAGCGUCAAAUUUCUAUAAACGGAAAUGCCCAAUUAAACAUUGAAUCUCCAUUAUGAUCAGUUUGUCAGGCAACCUAAAAGUUAUUACAGUAACUAAAGCUUGCAUAAAAGAAAUCAAAAUAUGAAGUUCAGCAUGUUUUCAGGAGUUCUUACUAAAAUCAAGUCCGAAACGCAAUGAUUUACUUAAAUUUCCCUGAACAUGGACUAAAGACCCAAGUCUGCCCCAAGUAGGGAUGUAUUAUCUUCUAUGUGUACAAUUCUAAAUCCCCCUCUGCACCAGUCUUAUCAGGCCAUUUGCCAUUUUAUCAUUUUGGGCUUCCUAUCACUAAAGUUCUUUAGUUAUUAGGUGAUUUUUGUUUUACUGCUUAUGGCAGGUCAGAAGCACCACCACAGAGUGGAAAGGGUAAAAACAGUAGUUUUUUCAGUCUAAAAGUUAAAAUAUUUCCAAUUAAGUUGCUAAAUAUUUCUACUCAAUUUUUUAGAGAAAACCAAACCGCUGAAAUUUAAAGAAAAAAAUAUUUUUUUGGAAUAGUUGCAGUUUCCUUACCUGUAAUUAGGUUCAAGGGUAAGAGUAGCUUAUAAUGAAAUGAGUCAACUAGCAGAUUUUAAGCUCAGAGUUAAUUUCAAAAAUCCUUUAUUGGCAUAAAAAUGAGGCUGUUUUAAAUAAAUCAGCACCAAAUAUUCCACUUCAGUGCAUAUGCAUUAGAGCCCCCAAAAAGGAUUUUAUCCCUCUUUGCUGUUUUUCCCCCUUCUGCCCACUUUCCUGGGUGUUGGGGGGGCUCGCUGACAACAGUCACAAAUCCAGCGACCUAGGAGAAAAAUUGUUAGUUAAUAUAGAGUGGAAUCUUAUUUUUAUAGGACUGAAUAUUAAACCACUUAGGUCUCCUUCCUUAGCUGUCACUAGUGAUGAUCCCCGGUGGAUUUAUGUAAAUGUCCCUUAAGAUGACGGGUAAGCUCAGUGAUCAAACCCUAAUGCAGAACCUAGCACAGAAUCUGCGUUCUUCAGCUUUUCUCUUGGCUGCUCCAACAGCAUUCUCAAAUCCUGGUGUACUGUGCUGACACAGCGAUUUGAAAGCUUUAACUGCAGGAUAGGCUGCACUACAUACUCGAUCUGGAUUUCUACAGAACAUUACAUAAUUACGUAACUUGCUUGCUUCUCAGUGGUUCCCGGGAAACAGAUCUAGGCAUAUAUUUUAUAGAGUAUCAUACAGUGUUAACUAUGCAAAUGAGUUCUAAAGUUACACAAUUAUCUGUGUAAUGUCUUAGUCCAAUUACUGUAACUGACCGAUUGUGUUCUAAUUCUAAAGUUACCUGGAAUUGUCGCAAUGCCUCAGUUUAUGGAUAUAUGUUCUAAUGUGUAAGGUGAAGCAAUCUAAGUUUCUAGAUAGUUGACAUAUAAAAAUAAAAUCAAAGCACUAAAACAAA